AUGCCAAAGUCAAAUAUGACUACACAGAAAUGGAAAGAGAAAGGUGAUGAAGAGUUUAACAAAGGCAAUUGGUCUAAAGCCUUAAGUUAUUACACAAACGCAAUUGAAAUAGUAACAGAGGACAACACUGAGAAAGCAUUGUAUUACGAUAAACGAUCUGCCACAUAUUUCGAACUACGUGAUUACGACAAAACGAUUGAAGACUGCAACAGUGUGAUGAAAAUAUAUCAUAAAAUACUUUCCAUAUCAAUGUUUCGCAGAUUUUUAGCAUUAAUAGAGUUAGAGAGAUUCGAGGAGGCACGUCAAAACAUGAAAAUGAUUUUAUGUUACUCAGAUAACACAAUGUCUCAAUCUCUACCAACGCAAUUUCAUGAAAUUUCACACAAACAUAUUAAAGAAAAAGUAUCACAAAUGAUGGGUCUAGCAUUUAACGUGAGCGUAGAUAAAGAGGAACGUGAAAACGCCAUGAUUAAUAUGCUUAGGCUCGCAAGUUGGAGAACUGAUGCCUGCGAAAUCUUUAUAAAGGAAGUAAAAAAAGAUGAUGAAGCGAUCUGUAGCGCGAUUCGUAUUGUAGACGAGUUAUGCCAAAACAAUAUUAAUCAAACUGAGCCCACUAUGAUAAACGUUGUUUUGCCUUGGAGUCUGGAAAUGAUGAACAGCAAAUCUACAGAAAGAGUCAACGCGUCUCAAUACUGUUUACAGAAUAUAUUGAACAAAUAUAGCGGCAUGAAUAAUGAACCCAGUACAAAACCCGACGAGGCUUUGUGCGAAAAGCAUAAGAAAGAAAUUAAUACGAUUUUGUCGUGCUUGUUGAAUAGUGUAGAGAGUAAAACGAUAACAGGACUUGCUAGAGACGCAAUAAUAGAACUUAUUACGCGUAACAUUCAUUAUACUGCGUUAGACUGGGCCAAACGAUUAGUCAAGUUUGACGGUUUGAAAAAAUUAAUGGAGGUUGCCAGUCAAUUGGAGGAAUACCAAUACGAAUCUUCGUUCGACAUCACGUAUUCCACGCGAACUAUUAUCAGUAUGUCCUUAGCAAAGAUAUGGAAAAACAUGGACCGUAAUGUCGAUAAGGGGAUAUUUUUCAACACCAUUGAUAAAUUUAUUAAGGAUAAAUUGUUUACAUCUGACACAGAAUCUAAACUGCGUGGAGUAGUUGCAAUAACAACCCUAAUAUUCGGUCCGUUAGAAGUUGCAGACAGAAUUAUCUUUACAAAUCCGUCGACGGGUUGUAUGAGGAUUCUCGAUAUGGCGAAAACGGAUGACGUAUUGCAACAGAAAGUGGUUUGCGAAUGCCUCGUUGCCGCUAUGACUAAUUUUGAUGAGGUCAACGCGCUCAUAAAUGAAGGUGUAAAGAUAUUGCGGAUAUUUCUGUAUCAAUCUAAGGAUGAUGUAAUACGGAUUCAAGCGUUGGUGGGUUUCUGCGAGUGGAGCAAGUUUAAAACCCGCGGUUACAUUAGCAAACCGUUCUGGGGUGAAGCGACGGACAAAUUAGUCAAGGUUUGCAGAAGAUUAUUAAUAAAUCCCAAGAAAGAAAAAAAUAUAAUAAAAUGGGCCGUUAAAGGCCUAUCGUACCUCACUCUCGACGGCAACGUCAAAGACGAGUUGAUCAAGGACCAACAAAUCAUUCAAACA